CAGGGGGCAGGCGCUGCAGCCGCGGGCAGGGGAAGUAGGAAGAAGAAGAAGAGGAGACGGAUCGGUCUUGUUUGUAUCGGUGCUCGCACGCAGCGUAUCUGCUGUGAAAAUGCGCAUCGAAAAAUGUUACUUCUGCUCGGGACCAGUGUAUCCCGGGCAUGGAGUAAUGUUCGUAAGGAAUGAUUGCAAGUCAUUCAGAUUCUGCAGAUCAAAAUGCCACAAGAACUUCAAGAAGAAGCGUAACCCAAGAAAGACCAGAUGGACCAAAGCAUUCAGAAAGGCAAAUGGAAAGGAAUUGACCGUGGAUAACGCCUUGGAGUUUGAGAAACGCAGAAAUAUACCUGUUAAAUAUAACAGGGCUGUUUGGGAUAAGACAGUGGAAGCAAUGAAGAGGGUGGAAGAAAUAAAACGGAAACGACAGGCACGAUUUAUCAUGAACAGAUUAAAGAAGUGCAAACAGUUGGAGAAGGAGGAGGCCAUCAACGAAGUGAAGAAAAAUAUUCAGCUUAUCAGAGCACCCCAUGCAGGAAAGGCCAAACAACUGGAAGACAAGAUGGUGCAGAAGUUGCAAGAAGACGUGGACAUGGUGGAUGAAAAUCUCUAAUCUUCUGAAUCUCUAAUCUUCUGAAAGAGUUUUCUUUGUGUGAUGACUCUCAUGACCGACUUAACAUGUAUUAUAUUGUACUUGUGUUUUGGAAUUAAAAUUUCCAAUUGGCUGAUAAAAAAGCUCAAGAGGACUGAAAGCUAAGGUCUAACAAUUAUCUGCCCCUUAACGCAGCAGUAAUUAACCACACGCCUCCAAGUUUGUUUAUUUGUUUGUUCAUUCCUGUGUGGUAGUUAAUGGUUUAAAGAAUUUUCCCAAUCAUUUUGCAGAUUAAAAUGUAUUAAGAGUGAUGCAGAACAAUUUAAAAAAGGUAAUAAACAUCUUUUCAACUAUU